AUGACCGAGCCUGUCGAAACCUACAAUUUUUAUCCCGCCCUGCAACGGAACGUGACGCCCACUGCUUCCGGCUCGGAAGUGGUGAGCUACACCUCUGACCUGGGCAACGGCGGUCCGAUUCUCACUCUCGUUCACGGAUAUCCUCAAUCUUCACUCAUCUGGCGCCACCUCGUCCCCCUCCUCCUCCCCAAAGUCUCCCUCUUCAUCCCCGAACUGCCCGGGUACGGCAUCAGCACCCCCAUCUCCGCCGGUACAGGCGACCACACGAAGCGCGCCGUCGGCCACGCCCUGCUCGAUGCUCUCGCCCAGGUGUUUGACACCAACUCUUCCUCUUCAUCACCAUCAUCAUCAUCAUCAUUACCCCGACAAGUAAUCCUCGCCGGACACGACCGCGGCGCCCGCAUCUGCCACCGCCUCGCCGUCGACGCCACUUCUAAAACCUCCUCCCCUGAUUCCUCCUCUUCCCUUCCCGACGACGAAACCAACAGCAAGUCCUCCUCCUUCUUCUUCUCCCACCACAACUUGACCAUAACCGGGCUCAUCCUCCUCGACAUCCUCCCGACCAAAUCCCAAUGGGACUUUUUCUCCGUACCUUUUCUCUCGCAGAACUACUUCCACUGGCCCUUGCUAGCCAACGUCGAGCUCGCCGUGCCGAUGAUCACAGCGUUUGGCAUUGACAAAUGGGUGCGCGGCGGGCAUUUACGGCUCGUCGGGUCGGCAAGCGAUAGUAAAGCCCGGAUUAUGAGUGAUGAGGCUGUCGAUAUACAUGUCAAACUGUUUGAGAGGGGGAAAGAGACGAUAAAAUGGACGUGUGAGGAUUAUAAGGCUGGUGCGCAGAGGGAGGUGGAUGAGCAGGUGGAGGAUUUGAGACGGGGGAGGAGGGUGGAGGUGGAUACGUUGGUGAUGUACAGUCGGGAGAAAUUGGGGAGGGGUGGGGGGGUGGAUGUUGAGGGGGUUUGGAGGGGAGGUGUUAAUUGUAGGGAGGAGAGUGAGGGGGAGGGGGAGGGGGAAGAAAAGAAGAAGAAGAAGAAGAAGGGGGAUCAGUGGGUGGGGGAUGGAGUGGAAUUGGAGGUGGUGGGUGUUGAAGAUGGGAGAGGACAUUUCCUGCCGGAGGAGGCGUAUGAUGUGGUUGGGGAGAGGGUGGUGAGGUUUUUGGAGAGGUUUGGGUUGUAA